AUGAGAGGACAGAGGACAGAGGACAACAUGAGAGGACAGAGGACAGCAUCAGAGGACAGAGAACAGCAUCAGAGGACAGAGGACAGAGGACAACAUGAGAGGACAGAGGACAGCAUCAGAGGACAGAGGACAGCAUCAGAGGACAGAGGACAGCAUCAGAGGACAGAGAACAGGACAAAGCUCUGCUCUAAUCAGAGGACAGAGGACAGAGGACAACAUCAGAGGACAGAAGACAGCAUCAGAGGACAGAGGACAGCAUCAGAGGACAGAGAACAGCAUCAGAGGACAGAGGACAACAUCAGAGGACAGAGGACAGAGGACAACAUGAGAGGACAAAGGACAGCAUCAGAGGACAGAGAACAGCAUCAGAGGACAGAGGACAGCAUCAGAGGACAGAGGACAGCAUCAGAGGACAGAGGACAGCAUCAGAGGACAGAGGACAGCAUCAGAGGACAGAGGACAACAUGA